AUGACAGGAGUGGCCUUGCUACACCGUGAGAUUCAAUGCAGAGCCGCGUCGAACGCGGCAGACAACACUGCGAGCCUUCGGGCCAGUCAGAACAGGAAACCUCACCCAGCGCACUACCUAGUCGAUCGACUCUUGCGCGCGAUCGACAAGCUGAAACAGCGGCACCCAGGGAUCGACUUCACGAUGCGCUGGGUACCCGGCCACCGUGGAAUUGAGGGGAACGAAAGGGCAGAUGAAGAGGCGAAGAAGGCGGCAAGGGGAGACAGCAGCCCGGUUGAGGACCUCCCGGGUUGGCUGCGAGAGAAGCUCCCGGUCAGUGUAUCAAAGCUGCGACAAUGCCUGCACGAUACAAUCAAACAGAAGGCAAAGGAGGAGUGGAGGAACUCACCACGAGCAGAGAAGAUGGACAGGAUCGACAGCGGCAUGCCCUCAAAUGCGUACCGCAAACUGGCCGAACGUCUCCCGCGACGACACGCGAGCAUUCUGAUCCAGCUACGCACGGAGCAUGCCCCUCUCCAGCGACACCUCCACAGAAUACGGCAGGUCGACUCACCGAUAUGCCAAAGGCGUGUGGAUGUAUUACUAGGCGGCGGAGAGCUCGAGGCUGAGCAAGCACGUCUGCUACUUCAUCGCGCCAGGUUGGGCUGCAUGGAUAUCAGCGUGCACGUCACGACGCACAGGGCUCGGCACGGGUGGCUCGGUACGGAGGGCUCGGCGUGGGGGAUGGCCAUGCUGGUGGUGUGGAGAAACUCACCUGCAUCGCCAGCCCUGCUCGCCAUGGCAUCCCUUCCGCUCAUCCCGUUCUUCCGUUGCGAGUCUCCAGCAACGCUGGAGCUUAUUGCGGUUGCGUACAACGUGAGUUUGGGGGGGUACGACGUGUUCCCUGCGUCGUCCCUGCUCGCCAUGGCAUCCCUUCCGCUCAUCCCGUUCUUCCGUUGCGAGUCUCCAGCAACGCUGGAGCUUAUUGCGGUUGCGUACAACGCUCUCUUCACUCCCUCAUCCUCGGAGUCCCCAGCCUCGCCCUGCGCCGCUCGCACGCACAACCUCAAGUUCGUGAAGCACGGCCGCCAUAUGAAGUAA